AGGAUUAUGCCCAGCUGUGCAACAUUCCUGUUCCAGGGUCUCGACGGCCAUAUGGACAAGAUGCUUUGGUUGACUUCGAGGAGCACUACACUCCAGAAACUAAUCCAUACUUUGUUGAAGACCGUUUUCUGAACAGCUUUGAGGAGUUACAAGCAGAGGAGUGUGGUAUUCUGAAUGGAUGUGAAAAUGGUCGAUGUGUAAGAGUCCAGGAAGGCUACACCUGUGACUGCUUUGAUGGUUACCACCUGGAUAUGGCCAAAAUGACCUGUGUUGAUGUGAAUGAGUGCAACGAGCUGAACAACAGGAUGUCUCUCUGCAAGAACGCCAAAUGCAUUAACACAGAAGGUUCGUACAAGUGUUUGUGUCUCCCAGGGUACGUACCUUCAGACAAGCCAAACUACUGCACACCACUAAACUCAGAACUAGACAGUGAACUGGAGUAGAGGAAAAAUCUCCGUAUCCUAAGCCCAUAUACUCUGCACUGUAUAAAGAACAGGAAGAAAAGUAUUUAACUUGAGAAGAGAAGGCACCAGAGUAGCAAACGUAAGAGGAGAAAAGCAUUAAAAUGUGUCAAAGGUGAGACAUAAUGGGCUGAUUGUAAAUCAGCUUCACCGAAGUGACAGACCAAAUGGACACAUUACUCUGUAUGAAAGAAAUAAUCAAGUAUAUAGUGUAUUCAGAAGAAAAAAAUCUUUGAAAAUAAGCAAAAACAGUGCUGUUAUUUUAAACAGAAGAGCUUUGGGUUUUUGUUUGGUUUUUUUUUUUUAAUAUUGCUUGGUUAAUUUGGCAUUUAAAUAGUGAUGGAGAUAUUUUAUAUUACUAUGUCAUUUUUUGAUUGUUCAGUUCCUUGCCUACUGUUUCUUUUCAGACCUUUUUUUCUGAGCAGUACAAAUUCUAUGAUACAGAUAUUCUUAGGCCAUUUUAUAAGAACUGUUAGACAGGGUAAUGCUCCUCCUUCUCUGAAACAGUGGUCAGUGACUUUUUUUAAUUUGCUAGUUGUCUGCCCUGUGGAGCAGGCACCAUUUAUUUUCAAAUGUUUAUAUACCUUGGCGAAAAGUCUUUAUAUUCAUUUUGUAUUCUGUAUGGUUGUUACUGCACUUAAAGUCUUUAGAACAUUUCUUGCCAAGUUCAAAGCUGCUAGUGGACAACAUUGGAAUGAUUCCUUUUGUACAUUAAAGCAAAAGAUUUUAGCUCACGUUUGUAUUGUAAUGUGUAAAUUGAACACAAGAGAGAUCUUGUAUGAUUACCCUAACAUAUUAAAGCUGUAUAUUAAAACUCAAUAAAAUCACCUUUUUUUUUAGAAAAA